UCCCCAACAACGACGGCUGCUGCUGCUGCUGCGCUGCGGAGGAGGAGGAGCAGGACGGGACUGCGGUUCAGGUGCACCGCUGUGAUUGAGAGACACUGAAGUUUAACCGAGAAGAAAGAGAUUAACACGCGGCUGAAGGAUUAGACGACAAGUGUGUAUCAGUUAAAUAAAGCCCCACAGUUUUUUGUUUGUUUUGGUGUUAUCGUUGAUGAUGGGAUUCCUUCAGGAGCGACCUGCCGCCUAAUGGUCACCCCUGUGAGGUCUUGCCAAAACACUGAGUGACUGGAUGAAGACAGUUUCUUCAAAAUCCUGGAUGGACACCAAAGCUGUUAUGUUUUUCAAGUUUUUGAUUCCAAUUCUGAGAAUUUGCUAGCUUUUGGAAGAUACAUUUGCAUAUACAGAUAAGUUAUUUCACAGCUGAGUUUUUUUUUUUGACAUAAUUGUGCUCCAAGAAAAGUAAUGGGGACAGAAGAGAAGGAGGAUGCCUCACAAAAACCCACAGCUACUAUAAAGACAGAAACAGAGGAAGAUGUGACUUCUGGCCACACCUGUGGGGUGUGUGGCCGCAGCUUUCCACUUCUCAGUUCUUUGUCCCAGCAUAUGAGAAGACACACCCGGGAGAAGCCAUACAAGUGUCCGUACUGUGAGCAUAGGACGGCCCAGAAAGGCAGUCUGAAGGCCCACAUUCGAAGCCACAAACUGGGCCUGUUCAGCCAGAACCUCAGUGACAAGGAAGGCAAAAUGGAACAAGAGCCCAAAAACAACACAGAGAUCCCAGACCCUCCUGAAAUUGUCUGCACAACUGCCAAAGCUCAUAAAGUCAAUGGGAAGGUAAAGAAGAGAGAAACAAAGAAAAAAGUGAAGGGUAAAGAAAGUGCUGGGGCCGAUGGGGAGUCUUGUUCCUGCACCAUUUGUGGCCAAGUGUUUCCUCAGGUACUACUCUUGAAAUCCCACAUGAAGAGGCACCGCAGCUCUCAGGAUCAUGGUUGCAGGAUUUGUGGUCGUCGUUUCCGCCAAGCGUGGUUCCUUCAAAGUCAUAUGCGCAUUCACCGAGUCAAAGCUCAGCUGAAAGGUGGUAAGAACAAUGACCAACCUGCCACUAUGAAUGGAGUUCCUCAAGACCCAGCAUCACUCAUAAACGAAGAGUGCCUCUAUGAGCUAUGUGCUGGCUGUGGUAACUUCUUCUCAGACCGCAAGACAUUGAGAAUUCACGAAAAGCUUCACAAGCUGAACCACAGCCGCACUCAGACACCAAAUCCAGCACAGGAAGAUGUUGACACCUCUGAGAAACUUGACGCUAAGAAGCAUUUUUUAGAAAGCUUGAACCUCACAUGUGUUGGACAACAAGUAACUUCCGAGGAAAGUAGUUUAUGCAGGCGAAUUCCAGAGCUGGAUCCAAUUUGUAGCUACCAAGCAUGGCAGCUAGCCACUAAGGGACGACUGGCGGAGGUCACAGAGAAAUGUCUCGGAUGGGAGGAAAGGCUCGCAGAUGCUGAGGUGGCAUAUGACACAGAAAAGGGUGAGUACAUACCCCUGAAGCAAGAGAAGAAGAGGAAGCAAAUUGACGUCCCUAGCUCCAAAAUUAAGAAGAUAAAGGGAGAUACAGUCCUCGAUCAGACAUUGAACGGCCCGGCACACGCAAAAGGAGGAGACAAGAGGAUUUGCCAGAAGGAUCGUAUCCUGUUGAACGGACUGGGUCAUGCGUUUUAUGAGGCACUACAAAAUAAGAAAGUCAAAGAUGUUCACUUCACAGUGAAAAAGACAAACAACAUCAGGAGCCAAGACCAGGAGGAUAGAAAACCCUACUUCUGUGAGCACUGUGAUUUCCACUGUUUCGAUGCCUCACUACUCAGGUCUCACCUCCGGCAGCACCAGGACUUCCUUGCUCCUUACAGCAAACACAGCACUAUUUUGGACAACUUUAACCAAAGUGGUUCCAAACCCUCAAGAUACAUGGACUACCUCAGAAACAGGAGCGCGUUGCUCAGUCAGCCAUACUGGAAUCCUUAUACAUGCCCACCUAUUCAGGACAAUAAAACAGAAAAGUCAAAUGGCACUGAGGUCAAAGGUCAGGGACAAACUACUACUAAUGCUGGAAGUCUCCUUAAUCUGUCUUCAUCACCCAUAAAUGAAGGAGAAAGCACUAUUAAUCAAACGCUACAGAAAGAGGGCCUGUUGAGACAUCAGUGCCCAUACUGCUCCCACACCAGCACCUACCUAGAGGUGCUAUGGAUCCAUCAGCGGAUUGCACAUAAGGUGGAUGGUAGCAGCCCCAUGGCACCCAAGUGGGCACCCUGCACUAACAGCCCAAAGAGUUCAAAGGCGGGUGCAACCCCCUGGAGACGUACAGGACCUCCGCCAUUCCUUGAAGGCAAGGACUGCCCUACUUUACCUGCUCCAAGAACUCAGCGCACACAACCUCCAGGUGUCGCAACUCAGAGCAGCAGCAAACAUUCAGGUCCCAAGACCCAGGCAGGUGUCCCAAAGUCCAAGGUGAAGGAUUCUCGGUCUUCAGAUGGGACGCAAUCAAGUGGGAGGACCAAACUCCUACCGCAAAAGAAAUCAGGAGAACAUAACCAGGCAGUGGAAGGGGGAAGUAAAAGUGCCCGACCUACGUCAUCGAGCAGUACUGUUCACAGCAAGAGUACCCCCAGUUUUCAGUCUACCAGUAAACCCAAAUACAGAGCCCACAGAGCUGCAGUGGAAGCAAGCUUUCCACAGGAGGGUUUGGGUUUUAUGUUGGCCAGAAAUCAUGGCGGGACUUCCUCUAACACCCCAGACAGACACCAUCCUCGCAGGCAGUCAUGUGACUCUUCUUCAGGUCCCAAGGGUCCUGAUCUGUGGGCUGCGAUGAACAUGUGGGGUCACAAGGCAUAUUUAGAACCACUCCAAUUUGCUCAGGGAAAGAAUGAAGCAGCAGGAGAAAUGCCAAUGGACAUUGAUAUUUUGAGUCUCCUAAAAAACUACAGUCCCCAAGAUCUGGCUGCUCUUUACCAACACUGGGGGUUUGUGGGCCCCAGAAUUGAUCCACAAGCAAUGUUGCAGUUAAAUGGAAGUUAUGGCAAAGAAGUCCACUCCACAUCUGAAGCUUCCAAACAAGUUACCAGCCACUCAUCUUCCUCUUCAGGGUCUCUUCAUAAAGGAACAUGAAGAUCUGUAGCAUUCCUGUAAUCCUUCAGUCUGCACAAUCUUGCUGUUCUUUGAAGAAAAUCAGCCAUAACUCCUAAAAGGACAGAGGCACACUGGGUAAUGCACAAUAUAUGCAAAACAAUGAAGUGGACUCUUAUUUUAUAAUACAGUUGUUUAAUUUGAAGUGUCAUGCAUGCUUUUUGUUUGUUAAGAGUGUAGGUGUGUUAGAUUCCAAAACACAGGGAGUUCUGUUUUAUUGACAUGAGGUAGUUUGAAUUUAUUGUAAAAAUGAAUGCAAGGAAGGGAGCCACAGCUGGAGUGGGAAUAAGAUGUGGAUCUACUUUUGAAUGGAGAAAGAGAACAUUGUCUUGGUUGAAGACAUACAUGUGCCCAUGCAGGUGAGAUCUGGCGAACAAUAAGAACAAAAAAAGGUCUAUUGAUGACACAAGACGAAGGCUUUGAUCAGAACGUUUUACUUUUCUCUCACUAUGUCUGUUGCUGUUUUUUUUUUAUGCAGCUCACAAGCUCAUUAAGUGUUCUGUUUUGGUUUUGAGUUUAGGGCAGGCACUAUAUUUCUGCUUGAACAUUCACAACAUGCAGUGGUGCACUCCAGCAUUAAAUCUGUCAUUUUUUAAUUUGGUCUAAGAGUUCACAAUUGUCAUGUGAAUAUUUCCAAGAGUCAACUGCAGUGCUUUGUCUCAGUUUCUUACUAUUAGUUACAGUGCAAUUCCAGCUUCACUAUCUUUCACAGUUCUCAAACAAAGUCAUGAUUCUCCUGUAAGACCGGCAAGGGUGGUUUAAUCAGAGCUUAGUCUGACAAGAAUCCAGGCUUUAGCAGUAUAAGCUCAUCGUCCUACACACAUUUAGAAAAAAAGGAUGCACUUUUAUUCUGACACUAGAUGUUGCAAUCUUAAAGUUCUUCAGCCCACUGUCACAAAAAAGUGGAUUUACUACAACAAAAAGAGCUGCUCAAAUAUUUUCCUUAAAGUUACUGAGAUUGCAGUCACAUAUGAACCUUGCAAUACAUUUUCCAGAAAGUGAUCCUCAUACUGAGAGUAAGAAAUGACACUACCAGUGUCCUCAAAGUGACCUAUUCACAGCAAAAGGGUAGCUCAUUAAAUGAUUAUUAUCCUUUACUUAUUUAAAACACGUCACCACCUGUGCUCCUCAUCAAAAUGAUGUAAACACAAGCACAUUCAACUGCCAACCUUGACAUAAGGCAGCCAGUGAUUUGUUUUAUUUAAUUAAAGAAGGAUUGCAGUUAUUGUUUGCUAGCCAAAUACUACAAGAUUGUAUUUCUUAAGAUCUGGGUACCUAAAGAGUCAAUUAUAAGUAUAUUUCAACAAGAGCAAUAUGCUUGGAACUGAGUUAUUGCGUUCAGUAUUUUAAAAGUUAAUGGGUACCAGUUGACCAAGACAGGUCUUGAUCAUUAUUCUUAUAAUACUCCUUACACACAAUAGUUCACAAGGGCAACACCAGGGUAUAAGUUAGUGUUUUCCAGCAAGAAUCUGAAUUGGAGAUGAUCAAGUGUAGUUUACAUAGGUAAAUGACCAACAUAUAGGCAGCAUAAACCCUUAACAUUUUUUAACAGUUUUAAGUUGGACAUAUGAGUUGAAUAAAAGGAGUUGCACCAUAUCACUGAAAAUGUACUCAAGGCAAAUUCAUCCAUCUAUUGACAAAAUUUAAGUCCAGAAUUGAUCAAUCUUCCUAUUUAUUUAUUUAUUGCAUCUCUUUAGACAGACUGUCAAGUUUCCAAUGAAAGAAAUGUCCAGUGUUUUCUUUUUCCCAUCAGACGGAUCGUGUAAUAGUGUACACUCAUCUCAAGUUGUGCUUGAGCAAAUUUUUGCUGGAAUAUUAAGACGUAGAAACUGUAGCAAGAAUUUCUACUGAUGUGGCCCUGACUUACUGCUGCCAGACAAGCUAAUGACUUUUUUUUUCUAGCUUAUUACAAAUCACCUCAUUCGAAGUUUAUUUUAAUGUGUUAUCAGCUUGAAGAUAUGUUUAGUACGUUUAUAUUUUAGUUCUGACUCAGUGUACUAAUCUCCCUUAGAGAAGUAGUCUAUGCAUUUGAUAAUAAGCCAUCAACUUGUGGAUUCUGGAGAGAUCUAGAGAAUACCUAUUUUGUUUACUGGAUUGUUAAUCUGUGUGAAAACUGUUUUGUUUUUAUAAAUACUGUAAAUGACUGUUUAUUUAAUGCUCUUUUUGUUCAUUGAGAGUGGAAAUUAAACUCUUCCAAGUACUUGAUAUUUGUAGUAACAACAGAAAUGUAAAAAAAAAAAGAAAAAAAAGUUUUGGUUCAGAGUGAUUCUUCUGCAGGAGGUGUGAUUUACAGCUACCUGUAAAGAUACUGCGGGAAGGUCAACAGAGUGCGAGAGAACAACAGAGAAAGGAAAGAGUGGGACAGUGAUUUUUAUGCAAGCCUGGAAUUUUAUGCACACCUGAAGCUUAAAGUUGGGCUCUCUCUGGGUUCAUUUUUGUGACAAUGUAAAGUUGUUUCAUAGAUAAAUAUGUUGUAACAGAAUUUCUAUUUUUACCAGUUCCACAUUUUGUCUGACUGUAAAAAUAUACAAAUAAAAAGUUGGUCAAUGUACA